GCUAGACGACAUUGGGAGGGUUUCAAGUACAAUAAUCAUAGGAGCUCUAUGCUAAAAAAGAACAGGUCUUUUGUUAAAGUAGAGAGAAGCAAUGAGAGAAAUAGUGACGAUUCAAGUUGGAGAGUUCGCGAACUUCGUCGGUUCUCAUUUCUGGAACUUCCAGGAUGAGUUGCUGGGGUUGGCGAGUGACCCAGAAAGCGAUCCAAUUUUUCGAAACAAUGAUCUCAACAUGGACGUCCUCUACCGCUCCGGUGAGACCCAGCAGGGGGUUUCUACAUACACUCCUCGUCUCCUUUCAAUCAACUUCAAAGGGUCACUAGGCUCCAUGAGCUCACACGGUACCCUCUACGAUGUAGGUUCUUCCUCAAGAUCAGACUCUUCUAAAACCUGGUUAGGAGGUGUUGAUACUCAGAGAUCUGAACCUCGAAAGAGAAACCUGUUUCAGCAAACUCUCUACGAGGAAGAAGUUACAGCAGGAGAGAUUGAGGACAAAGACAUUGUCGGAUGCUUGGACCAAACUGUCGAAUGCUGGACAGACUACUCCAAAUCCCACUACCAUCCUCAGUCUCUAUACGAGCUGAAUGGCUUAUGGAUGGACUCUCAGGACUUCAACAACUACGGAACCGGCAAAGACGUCUUCUCCGAGGCCUCGCGCGGAGAUGAGAUAUGCGACAGGCUACGUUUCUUCGUGGAAGAGUGUGAUCACAUCCAGGGCGUUAACUUCCUCGUGGAUGACUCUGGUGGAUUCUCUCCUCUCGCAGGUGAUUUCCUCGAGACGAUGGCUGAUGACUACACCAACGUUCCCGUGUUGCUUUACUCCCUUAGGAGUGGGAUGAGUAGCUCUAAGAAGAAGACUGUUUCGAGCAAGCUUCACGACGCCGUAUCGUUCUCUAGACUCUCUUCCUUCUGUAAACUCUUCACUCCAAUAGGUGUACCAUCCUUGAGCGGAAGUAAUAAGUAUCUUAACCUCGGAGACGAGGAGAAGCCUUAUAGAAGCAGCGCGGUGUACGCAGCUGCUCUGCAUUCAAGCACGCUCCCUUUCAGGAUGCAUCCCUCGAGAUCAGAUUCAAGUGAAGCGUCUAACGCCAUGGAUGUGAACACGCUCGUGCAGCUUUUAACUAACCGUAGCGGUAGACAGAACAUAGUGACGAUUCUUGACUCCGCAAUGCCGUUAGAGAAGACUCUUCUUACAAAUCUGCAGACGCUAACCCCGGAAGUAACCGAAGAUGUAGAAGACAAUCGAUCGGUUGAGUCGAUGUGUAUACUCGGAGCUCUUAGCUCAGAAGACAAAGAAGCAACGGUUUCAGAAGUGAGGAAUGCUGUUGAUGCAUCUUAUGAACAGAGGGAUGAUAACAACACCAAGCCGUUGUUUUACAAUCUAUCUGUCUCGCGUUGUCCUCUCCCUGUGCCUCUACCGUUUCCUUCUAUAUUCGGGAACCUUGUUGGGAGGAAAGGUGAGAUUUUGAGCAGUCCCGUGUCGGAUUCUAUGUACAGAGGCUCGCUGGAUGUUCACUCUGUACCUGUAGCAACGAGAUGGAGAUCUUCGAGCGCGGUGUUACCGUUCUUGGAGAGUAGGAUGGUGAAUCUAGAGAAGCUUGGGAUCCAAUGGGGAGCUAUGGGAUCAGAUGUGGUGAGGACGUGGGGGUUUGGGAGAGAAGAGUUGCAGGAGAUGAGGGAGAAUCUGUCUAAAAUGGUGUCUGAGUUGAGUCCUCAUCAGUUUUCAGAAUCUUCUGAUUCAGAUUAGAGUUGUUAUGUCUUUAAACAAAACAGUUGUAACAUUCUCUGUUGUUUACUUAAAACGAACUUCUUGCCGUUUUUUGUUUUGAGAAGUGUAAUACAUGACGUUUUUUACA